GUUCAAACGGAACAACCAUCCAAGUCCAUGGGAUAGUCAGCAAUGGCUUCAUUUUUAUACUUCGACGAAGCCGAGAGAAAGCUCAACGCCAAGCUCUUGACUGAGCUCGACAAGGUCCACAAGUCGAUCACGCUGGACGACGACGACACCGCUUCCAAUGUUGCCAUUCUGGAGACCUUGCUGGAUGAUAUCACCAAGCAGAUGGCUUGGAUCGAUCCGCUCUUCAGAGAGGUUUUUAACAGGCUCGUGUACACCGGAAGCUACUACGAAGGGCUGCGUACUAAGAGCGCCGACGAGUUUGACAUCAACCUAGUGCUGGACCUGCCUUUCCAGAAGUGCGAUGUCUCCGUGGUGGGCGGACCUGCGGACUACGUCGGCUACAAAGUCAGUCCCGCGGCCAUACACAGGCUUCGCAGAGAAGGGGGCGAGCAGUUGCACGCGUGGAUGGACAGCGAAAAUAGACUCCUCCCCGACAAGGUCAAGAGUUGGCUGCAGUCCGUCUUCGAUCGGGCACUACGGAGCUUCAAUCCUUCUCGUUCCUCCUCCUUAGUGGCUCAGAUUCGGCCAAGCCAGAGUGGCCCUGCCAAGACAUUUCAUAUCAUACUUAAAGAUGGCUGCAAUAUUGACGUGGACCUUGUUCCUGUGAUAGAGUUUAAGCACCCUGAUUGGCCCGAAGGCACUCAAAGGAAACACUGGAUGACUAGAAUCCCAAAGACGGAUUGCAACUGGUUCCUGAUCCCAAAGCCCCCAAGAUCCAACUCCUACUUGUGGCGGCUGCACUUCCCAAACAUGGAAAAGAGACUCAUCGAAGACUUCGGUUGUGUGAAGCCCAUCAUUCGCUUGCUCAAGACCACGAGGGACUCCUACAAGUGGAAUCUCUCGUCGUAUGCUCUCAAGACGUUUGUCAUGCAUGAGGUCCUGAUUUACGACGACAAGUACUACUGGCAUCCCGGGAACCAAGGGAUGCUUUUUGUCAAGAACAUUUCGGCUGUGCUCUGUAUUUGUAGGCCCUCGCUAGAUGCCGCCACCGACCCGCUCCGUAACGACUGCGCCGAGGAAGGCUAA